GUGUGUGUGUGUGUGUGUGUGUGUGUGUGUGUGUGUGCACCGAGCCCGUGCGCACGUCACUAACAGCCAUGUUUUCUGAUGAAGAGGGACCGAUGCGCGUCUCCGGUCAGACCCGUUAGGGGUAAAGCUCGGGAACCGCAACAACCGGGCUGACGAGCGAUGGCUGAUCUGGAACCAGUCCAGCCUCCGUAGCGCAUUACCGGACCGGUGUGAGGCUUCUAGACGGUUCCAGGCUUGUCUGCACUGUCUGAUUAAAGCACCGCGCGCCGAUUGUGGCUGGUUGGCAUGGUUUUGAAGGGUAGCUCAGAGGCGCUGUGUCCCCCCCCAUCUCUGGAGCUGCGCCCAUCCUGCAACAAGAGCCAGUCCUCGCCUCCUCUGGACUCCAGCUCCCAGCCACACGACGGAGUGUUUCCGGAGGAAAGGGAGCCUGUCAAGUACGGCGAGCUCAUCAUCCUGGGACAUAAUGGGUCGCUGGCCAGUGGGGACAAAGGUCGUAGAAGAAGUCGUCUGGCUCUUUACAAGAGACCUAAAGCUAACGGGGUCAGACCUGAUGUCAUUCACAACAUCUCAACCCCACUCGUCUCAAAGGCUCUCAGCAACAAAAGCCAGCACAGCAUCUCCUACACACUGUCACGGAGCCACUCUGUCAUUGUGGAGUACACACAUGACAUCAGCACAGAUAUGUUCCAGAUUGGCAGGUCCACUGAGAGUAUGAUUGACUUUGUGGUCACGGACACGGCGAGCAGCGGGAACAGCCCCGGUGGGGGUGCAGCAGGGGAAGGCGGAGGUGGAGGUCAGUCCGCCCAAAGCACCAUCUCUCGCUACGCCUGUCGCAUCAUGUGUGAACGCAGUGCUCCCUACACAGCUCGCAUCUACGCUGCCGGCUUUGACUCCUCCAAAAACAUCUUCCUAGGGGAACGAGCUGCUAAAUGGAGGACCUCAGAUGGUUUGAUGGACGGUCUCACCACCAACGGGGUCCUAGUGAUGCACCCGGCAGGAGAGUUUGUCUCAGAACCAGCUCCUGGUGUCUGGAGAGAAAUCUCAGUGUGUGGCAACGUUUUUGCCCUGAGGGACACCCGCUCGGCCCAGCAGAGGGGGAAACUGGUUGAAAAUGAGUCAAACACCCUCCAGGAUGGUUCCUUGAUUGACCUUUGUGGGGCAACUCUUCUUUGGAGGACGCCUGCAGGACUGCGCCACAUCCCCACCCUCAAACAGCUGGAGUCCCUCAGGCAGGAGCUGAACGCCGCCCGGCCCCAGUGCCCUGUGGGCUUCAACACUCUGGCCUUCCCCAGCCUGGCACAGCGAGAGAUUGUUGAUAAAAAGCAACCCUGGGUCUAUGUUAACUGCGGCCAUGUGCACGGCUACCACAACUGGGGCUACCGCAAGGAGAAAGGGCCCACCAGCCCAGGGGUGAUGGCCCCAGCUGGCACUGGAGAGAGAGAGUGUCCCAUGUGCAGGAGAGUGGGUCCCUAUGUGCCUUUGUGGUUGGGCUGUGAGGGCGGAUUGUACCUGGAUGCUGGGCCACCCACUCACGCUUUUUGUCCCUGCGGGCAUGUAUGCUCAGAAAAGACUGUGGUGGGGUGGAGCCAGAUCCCGUUACCCCACGGCACACAUGCCUUCCACGCCGCCUGCCCGUUCUGUGGGACCUGGCUGACCGGAGAGCAGGGCCACGUCAAACUGAUCUUCCAGGGUCCGGUUGACUGAGACACGAUGAUUGAUGUUGCUGGCUUGAACUUUAAAGAUGUGAAGACUGUGGAACUGAAACGUGAAUGCUCUGAUGACAAACACAGGAGAAUGUCUCUGGACACGAUAAACUAACAGCAAUAGCAGAUGCCAAGGCUUUGUGUGGAAGAGCUGUCUGGAGAAACUUAAAUAAAUAGUGUUGAAACAUG